AAUUAUUGAUGAACGACAACUCUGCUCGUGCUCGCUCAGUUGUAAUUUGCAACUUACCUCCUCCGUCUGAGGGUGGAUUAACGUCUGCAAUCGCUUUUGAAUGAAGAGCAAUGGAAAUGAGUAUUCAGUCACCUGUUUCAACUACCAUAUUAACAAUACCGACGACUUCGUUCUAUAAAUUCGAACCACCUAGCCGUAGCCGAACGCACACAUCGUAUGACUUCAGGGUUGCUCUUUUCUGGUCCCUGCCGUGGUGUAUUGGUGUUGGGCUGUUCAGGGUCCGCAAUCGAGGAGGAUGAAGGCUUUUUCAGCGGAGGUAAAGAAAGUAAAGCUAGGGCAAGAUGGUUUGCCAUCAGUUCUUGCUGCUCAGGUGGAGAAUGGAAGGGAAGGACGAUAUGGCAUGCCGUCAGUUGGCCCGGUGUAUAGGAAUCUACUAUCCAAGAAUGGCUUUCCACCGGAUUAUGACAUGAGUAAUACAUGGGAUAUUUUCAGGAAUUCUGUAGAGAAAUAUCCUGGAAAUAAUAUGCUUGGGUGGCGUGAGUUCAAAAAUGGGAAGCUAGGGCCCUAUGUGUGGAAAACUUAUAAGGAAGUAUAUGAAGAGGUUUUCAAUAUUGGUUCUGCAUUGCGGACAUCUGGUGCUGAACCUGGUUCCCGGAUUGGAAUAUAUGGUUCAAACUGUCCUCAAUGGAUUGUGGCAAUGGAGGCAUGUAAUGCUCACAGUCUAAUUUGUGUGCCUCUUUAUGACACCCUUGGCCCAGGGGCUGUUAAUUUCAUUAUAGAGCAUGCAGAGAUAGAUUUUGUUUUUGUCCAAGAUAAGAAAGUGAAAGAACUUCUGAGCCCUGAUUGCAAAUCUGCUCAACGGCUCAAAUCAAUAAUCUGCUUUUCUUCAUUCACAAGUGAAGUGAAAGAUGAUCUCGUCAACACUGGAAAGAAACCAUACUCCUGGAAUGAGUUCCUUCAGAUGGGAAAAGAAAAUCCGGUUGAACUUACACCACCUCAGCCUUUCAGUAUAUGUACAAUAAUGUACACAAGUGGGACCAGUGGGGAUCCAAAAGGUGUUAUUUUAACACAUGAAAGCAUUGCAGCAAAUGUGAAAGGAGUCGAUCUAUUCCUGGAACAAUUUGAAGACAAGAUGACUGUGAACGAUGUCUAUCUUUCUUUCCUUCCUCUUGCUCAUAUCUUGGAUCGCAUGAUUGAGGAAUAUUUCUUCCAUAGGGGUGCUUCUGUUGGCUACUAUCAUGGGGAUAUCAAUGCCUUGAAGGAUGAUCUGAUGGAGUUGAAGCCCACAUUUUUUGCUGGUGUUCCUCGAGUUUUUGAGAGAGUGCGUGAAGGUGCAAUGAAGACAAUAGAAGAACUUAGUCCAGUAAAGAGGAAAAUAUUUGACAUUCUCUACAAAUACAAACUUGCUUGGAUGAGUUUAGGGUACAAACAGAAAAAUGCUUCACCGCUGGCAGACUUACUAGCAUUUAGGAAGGUUAAAGCUGGACUAGGUGGUCGGGUUCGAUUAAUUAUAUCUGGUGGUGCCCCAUUGAACUCUGAAGUAGAAGAAUUUUUACGGGUUACUAGCUGUGCUUUUUUCACCCAAGGCUAUGGAUUGACAGAGACAUGCGGGUUGGCAACAAUAGGCUUUCCAGAUGUAAUGCCAAUGUUUGGCAGUGUUGGCAUUCCGUCUGUAUACUGUGACUUACGCCUCGAGGAAGUUCCAGAGAUGGGCUACAAUCCACUUGGGAAUCCUCCACGUGGUGAGAUAUGUGUAAGAGGGAAAACAAUAUUUUCUGGAUACUAUAAAAAUCCUGAACUGACAAGGGAAUCGAUCAGAGAUGGGUGGUUUCAUACAGGAGAUAUAGGUGAACUGCUGUCUAGUGGAGGUCUAAAGAUUAUUGAUAGAAAAAAGAAUAUUUUCAAACUCUCUCAAGGAGAGUAUGUAGCAGUUGAAUAUUUGGAGAAAGUCUAUGCUUUUGCCCCUAUUGUUGCAGAUAUAUGGGUGUAUGGAAAUAGCUACAAGUCGAUGCUAGUAGCAGUUGUCAUACCACAUGAAGACAAUACCAGGAAGUGGGCAGAAUUAAAUGGUCAAAAAGGUUCCUUCUCUGAAUUAUGUUCACUUGAUCAUCUGCGGAACUAUGUUCUCCUCGAGCUAAAGUCUGUAGCAGAGAAAAACAAGCUCCGAGGUUUUGAGCAUAUCAAAGGAGUUAUUCUGGAUUCCGUGCCAUUUGAAUUGCAAAAGGAUUUGAUGACUCCUACACUGAAGAAAAUAAGAGACAAACUGGUUAAACACUACCAGGUAGAAAUUGAUAAGAUCUAUCAAAGUUUGACAGGAGGGAAAUGUUAAAAGUUUUCAAAUAUCUAGAUAUUAUUGGGUUGUUAACUCUGAUUAUGCAGCAAAUCAGCUGAAAUGUAGAGUAGCUGUUCUCUGGCCCUCUUAUCUUGUUUGCCUUGGCACUGUUUUCAGUCUGAAGGAUGCAUUUCUUUAUCUUCCUAUAAUUGGUGAUUGUAGAAGAAAAUGAAUAAAGAUAGAACUUUUGCAUUAAGUCAUCAAUAAAAAGCAUUUUGUUCA